GACUGACCUUCACCAAGUUGUUCAAGGAAGUGAGGUGAUAAUAGGAAGCCCAACAUAGAUAAUGCAAAAUCGUUGAAUUUUUAAUUUAAUUAUAAUUGGGGGUGUGCCACGUGCAACCACGUGUCUGGUAAGAUGGCAAUGUAUAAAUGCUGUCUAUGUUGUGAGGACGUUAGUGAAGGAACAAUGAAAGCUAAAAGAGUAAAAGCCCUUGGAAAUGCUGGGAAAGUCACAGUAAAUGUUUUGGAUGAUAUAGCACUUCGUUUUUUAAACAUGAAGUUCACUCUUGGCACAAAUGUUGAUCAAACCGAUUUCUUUUGCCAUAAGUGCAGGGCAAAAGCAGAGUCACUGGUAGCUUUACGUGAGAAGCUAAAGAAUGAAGAGAAAGAGCUACUAUUGUCCAUCACUACUGCUUUUCAAAGUAACCAGGCACUAAUCUUAAAUCAAGGACAGCCUGGACAGAGGAAGAGGAGCUUGCCAGACCCCAUUACAGCCAACACUCCAGUAGAUAAGGCUAUACGGCAAGAUGAGUCUAAUGCUGAGUCAGUUGUACGACAACCAGAAUCUCAGGAAGAGUCUGGCAACUCAAAUGUACCGUGUGAGGAGACACAGCAAGCAUUAGGUGUUUCGGUACAAAUUAAAUGGCCCUCUGGAACUCGUAAUUUUACAAUCCAUACCCCAUGGAGACGGAAUGCUAUUCAACGAUUAGCUAGGAAAAGUUUGAGGUCUUUCUCAUCACACAUGCUAUCUGAAACUUCCACUUCAACUACUAUACUGCGGCGGGUUGCUAUGAUAGUUAGGAAAGAGAUGAAGGACAUAUGUUCAGAUAGUCAUGAUUCCAUCAUUCGUGAUUCUAAUGAAGGUGUAAGGAACUUCAGGUGGGAUAGCUUAUUUUAUGAACUGUCUCGGAAUAUGCCUACUUGUGUUUCACUACUUCUAUCGAUGAUUCCAGGGAAAGAUAAUGGUAAAAGAGUGAUGUCGUUGUGUGUCAUUGUAUCAAUGAUGCUAAAGAAGAGAUAUCCAAAGAUGGCAUUACUUCAGAGAGCUGUAUCAGUUUUAUU